AUGGCUUCUGUCGAUUGCUUAGCUAGGGCUGCGAUCUAUGCAAGGAGACCAAUUGUUCAAGUGGCCGCUCUAUUCCUACUGUUCUGGGUCCUUCUACGCAGUCUCACAUCCUUUGGCGUCAUUGUGAGUCCAUCAGAUCCAGCGAACACCGAAACCCAUGCCCCCUCCCAUCUUUCGGCUAACAAUCUCAACCACAAUCAGACAAGUUCAUUUUGUGGCUUGACCCAACAACCCCAGAUCGAGAUCGCCCACACUUCCGGGACAACACGACCAGCCCCAGCUUUUCCUCCGCCAGAGAACACGAACUUUCGUGCUCCCGACACCAUCGACACAUUCCAGCAUUACACUUACCGGAACCACAGCAAUUGUCAGAUUUCCUCGCUCGAUCUCCACUCCGCUUUCUCCCCAUUAUGUCCGACCCGCCAUGAUUUCCUGCGUGCAUUUUCUGGUGGAGGGAGAAUUGGCUUUGAUCGUCCCUUUAUACCCCUCGACUGCGACAUGCGAUGGUUUACCACCGAUGAGAUAUGUGACAUCCUGUCUCGCUUCGAAAAGAUCAUUGUCGUCGGGGACAGCAUGAUGAGGCACGUUGUAGGCGCAUUGAACGUGCUACUUCGUAAGGACUUGGGCUAUGGUGCAGUCACCAAUUGGAACUUUGAUGAUCAGGAAUUACGAGAUUGUUUCUGCAAUCAUCAGAUGGAUGUCAAAUCCUGUUCUGUCCAAGGCAUUUUCUCUACCGAAUCAGUUCUCCAGAACGACCCCGACUCUUUCGCCUGUUGGAACCCCGAGCCCAACAAGUCCUCGCCUGUCAAUCUCGUCAUCGAAAUGAUGCUCCGCUUUCCCCUCGACCCGAAUGAGGUUAGCCGCUUUCAAGACCUCCUCUCCGCGAAAAAGCCUAAGCGACCAUACGCAUUUGUGUUUGGACACGGACUCUGGAACGAUCUCGAUAUCCAAGCGACGGUCAAUUGGCUAGAUGGAAUUCUCGAAUCUGCGUCACAGAAAGCACCGUAUCUUGAUCGGCGCCACCAUCAGCGACCCUCGUCGGCUGUGCUCUGGCCAAAGUUAUUCAUCCCACCCAAUGCUGCAGGGAUCAAGAAACCAGACCAGUGGCUGGUAUCGCAGGGCGACAAGGCAUUAAUGGUCUUUGAGGAGAGUGUUAGAUUCGAGGCGGAAAAGAGAGGGGUUGAGACAAUGGGAACGUGGAACAUGAGUAUUCAAGCCACUAAAUAUGACGGCGUCCAUCUGGACCUGAAGGGAAACCUCGUCAAGGCCAUGGGUGUUGUCAAUUGGUUGAAUUUGAUUGAUGUCGGAAGUUGGUGA